AUGGCGACCAUAACCAACCUGGGAUACCAUUUUCUAACGGUCGGCGCUUCUUCGUCGACGCCUCAAUGCGACGUCCGUCGUCCUGACGCAUUGUUCCCAAAUAGGCAGUGCUUCCACGAACCGCUUUUGAAAAUAUACUUUCAAUGGUGUCCUAUGAAGUGUUUUAACAAGCUUAGUAGCGAUGAAAAAAUUUUAAUUUUAAAUAAAUUGUGCCAACUUGAAACAAAAGAUGAGCAGGAUAUAUACCUGCAAGGUUUUAUUGAGAGAAGAUCAGUUGCCCGAAAACGUGCAAGAAAUCCCGGUGGAAACAGCAAAUCGAACACCUAUUUUCAUUUUGUACCACUUAAUCAUCAGAGAGUAAAAGUUUGUCUAGCUGCAUUUUUAAACUUACAUGCAGCAAGAGUGAAACGCGUUAAGAGACUUAAACUAUUAUUAGAAUCGAACACGACCCCUUGUGAUAAUAGAGGCAAAUCUGUAAAAUCAAACUGUUUGCAGAAUUUGAAAUUCGACGUAUUCGUGAACACAUAG